CGCAUGCCUUUCGGUGCGCGCAGUUCUCACGAGAAGCGUUGCCAACGAAAGAUUCAUAAUAUCCCUUUGAAUGAAGUGUUUACCUUUUGACUGAUAUUAGAAACUUCUAUUUGCUUCGUUGAAAUUAGUGUAGAGACAAAUUUUUAGUGAUACUAUUCUGUAGUAACUUAGUUUUCGUGUUGUAUUUGGAGAUGCAGUGUUCUAAUAACAAAUUACAACAAGAUAUCACAGCAACCACUCCAAUAACAAAAAUAAGUGAUACUCAUUGCCAGAAUGAUUUCGAUUUUUCUCCAUAUCUUCCUAAACCCAGAGGGGCAUUGGCAAGAGCAAUAUAUAAUAAACACAUAUCGGAUAGAUACAUGAACAAUUUUGACAGAUCUAAGUGGUAUAACUGCAAUAUCGAACAAGUACCCCCAGCCAUAGCAGCCAAAUUUGUUCAAUUGGACCAUGAUAAAGAAUCUAUGAAGUUCAUUCAAGAAUCAGAAGAAAAGUCUGACUGGAUAUUCAUUCAAAUAUGGCACGUUAUAGUUAGGAGUAUAUUAGGCUGGUUCAUGACGCAAACUUCUAUAAAUGGAUGGCUUCAAAGAGGAUCGAUGUUUGUUAUUUCUUCGGCCCAAUUCUUGAAACUUCUAAAAUCAGAUGGAGACUGGCACAGGGAUUCAUUGAUAGAUCUUGGUGCUGGUGAUGGUGCGGUUACUGCACAGAUUGCUCCUUUUUUCGGAAAAGUUUACGCGACUGAGGUAUCGAACACAAUGAGAACUUUGUUGCAGACAAGAGGUUACAAGGUUUUAGAUGUGGAAGACUGGGAUGCAGACAGGAAGUAUGAUAUGAUAGCAUGCCUCAACCUCCUUGAUCGUUGCAACACCCCCCUUCAAAUGUUGAAGCAAAUAAGGCAAGCCCUGAAACCGAAUGGAAUGGUCUUUCUAGCAUUGGUUUUACCCUUUUCCGCCUAUGUUGAAAUUGGUUCCAAGAACCAUAAACCUAAGGAACUGCUUCCAAUAAUCGGAGCAAGCUUCGAGGAGCAAGUCACUAGUGUAAUAGAAGAUGUCUUUCAUCCCAGCGGUUUCAAAGUUGAGUCUUGGAGCAGAGUACCAUAUCUUUGUGAAGGAGAUUUACGACAAUCCUAUUAUUGGUUGGAUGAUGCAUUAUUCGUCUUAAAAGCUUCUGAUGAAGAUGGCUCGAGCUAACUAGUAUUCAAAUCGAAAACAAUAUGUUCCAUCAUUUUGGGAAAUUGUUCAUAUACUCACUUUGAUGUUACCUAUAAAAAUUAUGAGUGUCAUAACUGAAUCAAUCAGUGAUUUUUCAGCAUGUCCAAAUUUUGUUCUUCUGAAGAAAGGACACAUAUAUCUUAAUUCAUUCUGUUAUGCAUUACAACUCUUCGAAAUAAUUGUACUUACAUGAUACUGAAUUCUUCAUGAUUUUCAUGGAAUGUCAAAGAUACACGAAGAUAUCACGAAAAUAAGGAAAUAAUAUUUUUAUAAUCCACCAAUAGAUGUAUCAAUAUGAA